CAUUUUGGUCAUUUUGAUCCUUAUAAUCUAUAUUUGUGACAUAAACAUUUUUAGUGCUAUCCUAGAGUAUUUCUCUUAUAUAAAAUUUAAAUAUUGUUAAUUUAUUAUUUAACUGCUGCUGCAUUUAGUGGUUAACCAGUCAUAAGUAUCCCUCAAGCGUACUAAUUUCUAACCGCAGAACCAGUCGUGCAAAGCUCUUAAAACCGCUGGAAACCGCAACUAUCCGUAUCCGCAAACUUUCGUAGUCGCAACCACAACCGCCGGCAUUUGAACCGGUCAGAUCCUAAGACAUCGAAAUAAAGUUAACCAACCGCAAUCCUCGCCUUUCUGCCGCAGACCGGUCAACCAGACUUCAAACCAGACCUCAGGCAAGAACAGAUCUACCACCUCCACCUCGCCUUUCUCCGAUAGACUUAAGAGACUAUUUGGAAAACCCUAAAAUGCCGCUUCCACCGAACGCAAUCCCUACAUCCACCGUGCCAUGACUCCAACACUAAUUUGCAUUUUUAAUUUCUUAGUUGAAGACUCCAACUUGAAGUAAGGGUAAUUUGUUUUCCCAUAUACAUAAAAAACCCUCAAAUUCACUAUGUAACCAAAACACUCCCUUCUCCUUAUUUAUUUUCGUAUCUCUCUCUCUAACCUCUGAUUAAACAUUUAAUUGUUUUUUAAAUGUCUUGUUUUUUCAAUUAAAUGUGUAGUUGGGAAAAAAGCUACUAAUUUUAGUUUUGAAAUCAUAAUACCAAUUUCAUUUUCCGAUAAAUAAAGCUACUAGUAUUAAAAUGUUCGUCCUUUUCUUCACAAGAAACAAAAACAGCGCUGGUGAAUUCAAUGAACAUUUACACACUUUCAAAGAGUUUGGUAGUUAUUAAAUUCUAAUAAUGGAGAAAAUUAAUAUUUUUUUAUCAAUUUCUUCACCUUUUUCGAUGCAUAUAUGGUCCACAUUAUUGGAAACUGUUUGAGAAAGGCAUAAACUAUGGAUGACUAUCUUUACAAAAAUAUAUAUUAUUUAUUUGCCAAAAUUUAUGAUUGCUUCCUCCGUUUCUAAAAGAUCUAUGUUUUAGAAGAAAAAAAUUAUUUCAAAAAGAUAUAUUUUUCAUAUUUACAAUGCAUAAAUUAAAUAUAAAUUGUAAGCUUCAAAAAACAUAAUUGUAUUUAUUAAAAUUUUAUUGGUGAAAACUUGUGGAAAAUAGUUAAUUGCGGAAAAUAAUGUAUUUGUAACUAAAAUUUGAUGUAUUUUUUUAAUAAGUGUGAAAAUCUUAAAAUAUGGAUCUUUUAAAAACAGAAAGAAUAUAAUUUUUCUUUUUCUUACCUUAAAUGUCAGGCUUUUAGCCUAUUAAAAACUGUAGCAAAAUAAGUAAUGUCAAUAUAUAUAUAACAAAUUUGAAAUUACAGUCAGAUAUCCACGUACAUUGAAGCAUAUAUAGAUGACCUAUAUAAGAUGGUUUGUCAUACCAUAUUCACAUUAUUUUUAAAAUAAUAGAAAUUAUCUCAUAUAUAUUUCUAAAUUCUCUAAAUCAAACAAUGUUGUUUGGUUAUUUACAAUCAACAUUGUUCUCAGUAUAGUAUAGUCCAAUAGCUGUUAUGUUGUAUGUACAUAAACGGUGAGAAUAGAAGGUGAAGUACCCAGUGUCGUGCGAAGAGUUUAAGGGGCCUAAGGCAAGUUCUAAAAAUAAACUUAUUUACAACUGUAAUGAAAAUAAUUUUCUAAUAUGAUAUAUUAUUUUCACCAAAUACACAAGUCUAAUACUGUAAAAAAAUAAGUUUAUAACGUAAAUAUGUUAUAUUAUGUUAUAUAGAAAAAAAAUACAUGAAUUCAGAAAAUGAGUUAAUUAAUUUUCGUAGAAAUGUUUUUUUUUAAUAAGUCUAAACCACUAGAUUAGAAAUUAUUUUAAAUUUUGGGGCCCUAAAAAUAGUCAUAUUAAUCGGGGGCCUGAGGCAAAUGCCUUUUUCAAUACACUGUAGGCACGCCUCUGGAAGUACCAUUUAUUAGCAUUUUCAGUCGUCGCCCAAACAUUACAUUAUGGUACUGUAGUUUUGAGUCCGACAAAGUUAAUACAUGCCUCUUCAACCGAUUAAAGUAGAUGUGUUAAGAGUUUUUUAUUACCAUCUGGCAUACUCUCUUUGUUCCUGAUCUGUUUCAUCUCAAAUGAGACACCAAAAUGACAUCAUUUUAUUAAAUUUGGUGAUUUGUAAAUAGAUUAUAAAAGACUAAUAUUAUUGGUAGUUUUAGUUUAUAGUUGAAAGCAAAUGAUGCUAUUUUCUCUUUUCUUACAUUAGUUAACACUAAAAUAUUAUUUUAUUUAUAUUUAAUAAUUUAACUUAAUGAAUAUUGGGGAUGAUUGGUAAGAACUGUAGCUUUAUAUUUUUUUCUGUAGAAUUUAAUCUGUAGAUUUAUUUGCUGUAGCUUUCAUUGUUGUAACUUUCUAAAGCACUAAUUUUUUGUUCUGAAAAUAAAGCUCUCUACCGGCGUAUUUUGAUUUUGUUCAGAUUUUUUUCCUGUGAGUAUUUUAAGGAAAGUAAAGUUCGAUUGGUUGACAUAUAUAACUCUAGUUUUAGCAAAUGUUCCAAAUAUAAUAUAUUGUAUAUAUAUGUUCAUGUCAUUGAAAUUUAGUUAUAUACCAUAUAAAAUAAAUAAAAUGAUUGUUUUGAUUUAUUUACAAGAUGUAUUGUUUUGAUUUAUGUAUUUAUUCUAAUUUAAUUAUAUACAUAAUACGUAAAUGAAUACAAAUAGAUAAUAAUAUCCCGCGCAACUGUGAGGAUCUUAAGCUAGUUUGAUAGAGUUUGACGAUACAAAAUAUCACUAUCAAUCCAGGUAAUAAAUUUAAUGAAAUCGGGAAAAUGUACGCCAUUUUUGUUUUGCUAGAUUUUCUUGUAAAGAAAUUAAAAGGAUAUACAUAUAAUUCAUUUAUUUAUUUUUUGUGUCAAAACAUUCAUUAAAGUAUAUGUAGCUAAACUUUUUUUUACCUUUUUAUUAUUUCCUCAUCCAAAAUUAUGAUUAAAUGUAGCAUCAUCCUUUGCUACUAUUUCUUGUUACAUAUAAUUAUACCGAUAUUUUGUUACCUCUCCACAAAGUGUCACCAUCAAGUAGUCACUUAUGAUUUUUAUGAAUUUGACUACUCUUGAGUCUUGAGUCCCCUCAUCCCCGGAACUACAGCCUUCACUUAUAUAUCAACAUUCUGACAUCAAAACUCUUUUUUUUUUAGAAUAUAUCAAUAACUCUCUUGCUUCUUUUUCUUUUAUAUUACACAUUCUUGAUGCUUCAGAGGUCUGUAAAGAUUUUUUUGUCUGAAGAAACAAUGGAGGAGAAGAAACCGAAUCUUGAUGCUCCGUCUCUAUCCGUGAGACGAAUUCCAACGAAACUAGAGAAUCCAAGCGACUCAGAGAACACCAAGAAGAUUACAACGACGAUCAGGAGGAGAAAAGUCAAAGAUUCAUGUCAAGAAACUGAGCAUGGAACUGUGGUUCGGUUAUUACAAGAUGACAAGAGCUUCGAUCAUGUAGUGGAACCAUCUUUAGUUCCAUUUGUGUGGGAACAAACACCUGGAAAGCCAAAGGAUCAUCAUACACUACUCCAAGAAUCAGACCUAAUCAAAGCAUUGGAUAUGGUUUCUUCAACCGCAAGCUUUUCUGUUAACUGUAGUACAAACGGAGUAAGUGAUGAGUUCGAGAACAAUGGAGGCAGACCAAGCAGUGUAUCAAAAGAUGACGUCAAUCUUGAAUAUCGUGACCUCAUCAUGGCGAGAUUUUUACCAGCUGCUAAAGCGAUUGCCUUGAAACAGAAGAAAGGAUCUUAUAGAGACCAAGAAGAGAAGAUGAUGAAGAAAAAGAAAAAGAAACGGAUCAUUGCUCUACAGAGAGUCUCCAUGGCCAUAAAUCAAGAUUUAAACAAUGAUGGUCAUGAUCAUGUUGAAGAAGCAGUCCACUCAAGUGACCCCAAGAAGGCUAUGUUUGGGUUCUUGCCACAGUUAUGUUCCAAGAACUCACUGGAUGUUCUUAAUCCGGUUCUUUUUCGGAUCAAAACUUGUCAGAAUGUUGCGGUAAGUUCUAGCAAAAUCAUAAACCCUAAAACACAAUAUUCUGUUUAUAAAACCAAACCAGCAUCAUCAACAAUAAUCGUGAGAUCAAACAAGGCUAUGAGCAAGUCUCAAGAAACCUCUCCAAUACCAAGAUUUUCAGAAAAGCUUUCCACAACUUCGAGGUUGCAAAGAACAUCGAGUACUCAGAUCAAGAGACAAGAUACGAGGUUUCUUUCGGAGGGGGUAAAGAGAAUGAGGAACAGAAACAAAAACAGGUCAGGGAAUAUCUCUGUUUCUCAACCUCCGUUGCCUAAAACUCCUUCAGAGUCUUGGCUUUGCCGUACACUUCCGAGAAGUUCGACAGUCAGCACCGUCGUCCCUGGUCAAUUACCCGUCCUUCUAUCCGGUCAAGACACCGGUUUGAGGAAGAUGAUGGAUCAAAAGUCUAUUAAAUGGGAGACGAUUGUAAAAACAUCGUAUAAACACCAUGACAAUGUACGCUACUCAGAGGAGCUCACUGUUGUUCAUCCCUCUCGUCAACACAAACCAUAAACCGGAAUCUUCUUUUCCGGUACAGUAAAAUUUAGUGAUAUUUAUUUAAUGUUGUUAUUACGAUUGUGGUAUGUGUGUGUUAAAGAAGAAAAAUAAUCUGUACAAGAGGUAAUAAUGUCGGAUCAAUCCAAACUCCGUGUCGGACCAGUUUGGGUUAGCUCGGAAAUAUAGUGCCACAUAUCAACAUUUAUUAUUAUCACCACCAGUAUCUAAGGAUGUGUAUGUGUAUUGAUUCAAACAUUUGGAAUGAUUUUUUUUUAAACGAAAAUUUCAUUUUAUUUUAAAAUAUUA